UUUAAUUUUCAGAUGAGGAGGUUGAGGUUUUUUCCAAGAAAAAGAUCAAGAGGAAGAAGAUUGUUUUGUAUAUUCUUACAGCCAUUUGGAAACUUUAAGCAUUGGAAUAUUUUUGAAAUUCUAAUCCUCAUAUGUAGAGUCAAGAUUAUAUUAUCUAUCAUUUAAGCUAAUCCAAAAGUAAAUGAGGAACUUAGAAACUAAGAUUGCCAACUCCAAAUCAACACAGUUACACAAAAUUGAAAAAGAAGCAGCUUACAGCUUCAUUUGAAGACUUUUGUAAGGAACUUCAUGCUGUAGAUAUGAGCUCUGAAAUCUUGGAGCAAAACUCAGAGUUCGUGCCAGAUCAAACAAGUUCAGAAGUACAAAUGGAGGACUGGUCAAAAGAAAUUUAUAAACCGGAAGAAAAGAAAAAAAUUGGAACAAAAGUCUAUCAACAUUCUUCUAAAAGCCUUCAAGAAAAACAGGAACUGAUUACUCAAGCCAAUAUUGAAGCAGAUAAACUGCCAGAUUUGCCAACAACAAGCCUAUGGAAAAUGCAGACUACUAGUGUCCAAAAUGUUUGUGUAGAAGAUGUUGCCUCUCAUUUUACUAAUGAACUAAGAUCUGCAGAACAAGGUGGCAGAGCACUCUCUGACUUUGUGACCUCUUGGAAGGAUGCUGCCAACCAAGAUAAAGAAAUGAAUAUUUCAUUUCUUUUAAAAGAAUUGGACUUUGAGAGAACAAACAAUAGAAAGCUUCAAGAUAAGCUGGCUGAAAAGGACAAGGAGCUGAAGACAAUAAAGCUGGACUUAGAACUACAAGAGAGAGCUACAGAAGCUAAGAUUGCAGAAAAGACUGCAGCUCUGGUAGAAGAAGUUUAUUCUGCUCAACGGGAACGCGAUGAGGCUGUCAUGGCAAGGCUUAGGUUAGCCAAUGAAGAGAGAGAUGAAGCACUUCUCCGAGCACAGCAUUUGGAACAGUAUCUCAAAGAGCUAGAAAAUAUUAACCCUGAAGAAAAUGACAUGACAUUACAGGAAUUACUGAACAGAAUAAACAAUGCAGACACAGGGCUAGCUAUACAGAAGAAUGGAGCUAUAAUUGUGGAUCGAAUACACAGGACCAAGGAAUGUAAAAAGAAAAUAACAGCUGAAGAAAUGAAUGCACUGAUAGAAGAAAGGGAUGCUGCUUUGUCUGAAUGCAAACGGCUGGAGCAGGAGCUUCAUCAUCUGAAAGAGCAGAACCAGACUUCAGCAAACAACACGAGACAUCUGACUGCUGAAAACAAUCAAGAACGUGCUCUGAAGGCAAAGAUGGCAACUCUGCAGCAAGAGAGAGAGGCUGCUGUUCACCAGUGUCAAAAACUAGAAGAAGAAAUCCAGACUCUGCGAGUUUAUUACAGCUUACACAAAUCUUUAUCCCAAGAAGUAAGCCUGAAGGAUCAGUUUAACUGUACCCUUAGUACAUAUGAAGACGCACUGAAAAGCAGGGAGGAUAUUGUGUCCACUACUUAUCGCCAAAAUCAAGAGUUAGCAACCAAACUGCAGAAAGCCUUAACAGACCGAAAAGACAUGGAAUUGAAACUUCAGGGAGCUUUAGAAGCUUCAGAAGAGGCCAACAAAAAAAUUCAAAAGUUGGAAAGGCUGGUGGACGUCCUGAGGAAGAAGGUUGGAGCAGGGACCAUUAGGACCGUGAUCUGAUUGAAAGCUUCAGUCUAGGGAAGCAUUCACAUCUGGUGACCAGGCUGCUUCAUUCAGCACUGUGUAAACACUAAAGCCUUAACUUAGCAAACAGUUGUUAGAAGUGGGACACUCCAACGACAUUCCAAGCCGAGAUAAAAAUCAAAUCAUAAAUGUUUAACCACUUUGCUGCUGA